AUGACGGUUCUAUUACUUUUGGCCAUACGUUUCGGAUCGCUUUUAGCAGAACCUUCCAUGAAACCCAGUUCUAUCAGUUCAGUUGCAGUAUGGCCUAAAACACUGUUUCCCGUUGAGUUAGGACAAACUGUAACAUGGUUGUUCAGCCCAGUGGGAGGGGCAGAGUAUGAUAUGAACUCGGCACUCAGUUUCGAUCUCAAUGGCCAAAGGGCAUAUCGUGUACAAAAGGAUAAAUGCGGUGGUCCUCUGGAGAAGUAUUUUUCAUGCAUUUACAAACCAAAAAACGAAAUAUCGGUGACAUUUACACCAGAACCAUCACAUUAUGGACAGCUUCUUGAAGUUUUUUACUAUAAGGACAUGUACUCCCUUUGGCUUGCAGACACACCAGCUAUUUUCUCCGAGACUAUUCAGUUAAUUAAGCAACCCACACCCCCAAUAUUUCUAACAGGCUCCAUUGUUCGCAUUGAUUGUUCAACUGAUGGGUCGCUACCUCCAGCUCCAAUAAGCUUUAGUGUUGAAUGCCCUCCUCCACCAACAGCUGUUGUUGAACACGAUCGAGUUACUCAAGCCAAACAAAAUCUAGCCUAUGAAGUUUUUUAUUCAGCAUAUGGAUUUCGCUCACCACCAACUUUGGCUGAUUUAGCUCCAUAUGUUGCUCGAAAACACGCUGACCAACUUCUACGCCUUGGACAUGUAUCUACCAGUAAGGAUAAUUUAACUCUAAAAGCCCGUCUAACAAUUGAUGAGAAGGCGCAUGACUGUCAUGUUGUUUGCCGUCUUGGCGGGAAGGAGACUCGUCGCAGGCUAACUGUAUAUUAUCCAACAACAAUAUCUUAUUUAUUACCACGUCCCCGUGAAGGUUUCAUCUAUGUUGGAUCUGAAAUUACUUGCUACGCAGAUGGUCAUCCACCUCCUAUGCUCUCUCUCCAAAUUGAUGCUUUGCGUCAAGGUGGUCGAUUACCUCCCUUACUUGAAGAUGAUCCUAUAACCAGAGAACUAACUCUUACUAAUGCAGGAUUGGAUAUUGCCCCACAGCAAAUGAUACCUUCUCCUCCGGGAACAGAAAAUAAGGACAGUUCAUCUGUUGCAUCUUCUGGUACACUACAUCAAGUUCCCGUGAGUUCUGAUGAAAAGUGGCUUAAUGGCAAUGGGAAAGAACCAUACGAACGUGCACAUCGUGUUCCUGGACUUGGUUUAUCCACUGUUGAGCGUCAUCGUCAGUUAGGCCUUCGGCCUAAUGAAUAUAGUAUACAAGGAGCAACAUUCUAUUUAGCGCCAAAUGCUACUCCAGGUGUAGAACUUGUUCUAAGCUGUACUGCGCGUAACGUGCUUCCAGGUGAUACAACAUUCUUGGGAUUGAAUGGGACAAUUACUCGUACUAGAUUUGUAGUAGCUGCUCAAAUUAAAGCACCUUAUGGUGAUUGGGUUUUAUCGGUAACCAGUUGGGCAGUGGCACUUGGGAUAUGCUUUUGUGUCCUAUUCAUAUUGUUAAUUAUUUUCGGCGUUAUGUUACUACAGAAAAGACAUCAAAAUCAAGCAACCAGAAAUAUGCGAAGUGCAUCAAAUGGAGCGAGAAAACUGAAAAGUUAUUCCAAAGAUGGAACUGCUAAAAAACAACCGAAUCGAUCAUUACAACCUGGAGAUGGAGCUCUACUCGCCCAGAAUAAUGCUGCUUCAACUAACAACAAUUCAGUCAGUGGUGUGUUGUAUCCUACUAAUGCUAGUACUACUACUACUACGACUACUCCAACUGGAACUGUGCCUGGCCUGCCGAAUAAUAUUUACAAAGAUGAUCCUGAUUAUACAUAUGAUCUAGUCUAUGCUCAACCAUCGAAUGAACUACCUACCAAUACAGUUUCACAUGUGAAUGAACUACAAUACAUGGAAUUGUCAUUUGAUCAUAUUCCGUCUGGUCGCAAUGCUACUAUUGGUCCAAAAAGAGGAGGACGUGUAGGAACCUCACUUUCUGGUGCUGAUGGUGGUGGUGUUGCUGCAUCAUCGAUGACAUUGUUCGGUUUAGAUAUUGCUGGUGGUGUGUUUGGAGAUGCACGUUCCUCUGUUGAUCCUCAUGAUGGUUAUUCCUCUGCUCUUGUUGAUCCUAUGCAACGUGAUGAAACAUUACACUAUACUGAAAUUGUUGGCUUUAUGCAACCGAAAGCGCAUGCCUCUCAACUAGUGUUACAACAACAACAAGAAGCUACACAAGCACUCUUAGCAAUGCAUCAGAAUAAACCACGUGUAUUUGUUUGA